AUGGUCCCUUCCAGCACGGUUCCAGCUACUAUGCAAACCCUGACCCACCCCCUCUCAGCCUGCCAACUACACUACAGCACGGCCCCUCACCCACACCCCUCAGCCUGCCAACUACACUACAGCACGGCCCCUCACCCACCCCCCCUCAGCCUGCCAACUACACUACAGCACGGCCCCUCACCCACCCCACCUCAGCCUGCCAACUACACUACAGCACGGCCCCUCACCCCCCUCAGCCUGCCAACUACACUACAGCCCCUCACCCACCCCCCUCAGCCUGCCAACUACACUACAGCACGGCCCCUCACCCCCCUCAGCCUGCCAACUACACUACAGCACGGCCCCUCACCCACACCCCUCAGCCUGCCAACUACACUACAGCACGGCCCCUCACCCACCCCACCUCAGCCUGCCAACUACACUACAGCACGGCCCCUCACCCACCCCACCUCAGCCUGCCAACUACACUACAGCACGGCCCCUCACCCACCCCACCUCAGCCUGCCAACUACACUACAGCACGGCCCCUCACCCACCCCACCUCAGCCUGCCAACUACACUACAGCACGGCCCCUCACCCACACCCCUCAGCCUGCCAACUACACUACAGCACGGCCCCUCACCCACCCCCCUCAGCCUGCCAACUACACUACAGCACGGCCCCUCACCCACACCCCUCAGCCUGCCAACUACACUACAGCACGGCCCCUCACCCACACCCCUCAGCCUGCCAACUACACUACAGCACGGCCCCUCACCCACCCCACCUCAGCCUGCCAACUACACUACAGCACGGCCCCUCACCCACCCCACCCCUCCAGCUACACUACAGCACGGCCCCUCACCCACGCCACCCCCCAGCCUGCCAACUACACUACAGCAUGGCCCCUCACCCACACCACCCCUCAGCCUGCCAACUACACUACAGCACAGCCCCUCACCCCCCCUCAGCCUGCCAACUACACUACAGCACGGCCCCUCACCCACCCUCAGCCUGCCAACUACACUACAGCACGGCCCCUCACCCACACCACCCCUCAGCCUGCCAACUACACUACAGCACGGCCCCUCACCCACCCUCAGCCUGCCAACUACACUACAGCACAGCCCCUCACCCCCCCUCAGCCUGCCAACUACACUACAGCACGGCCCCUCACCCACCCUCAGCCUGCCAACUACACUACAGCACGGCCCCUCACCCACCCCCCCUCAGCCUGCCAACUACACUACAGCACGGCCCCUCACCCACACCCCACCCCUCCAGCUACACUACACUACAGCCCCUCACCCACACCCCUCAGCCUGCCAGCUACACUACAGCACGGCCCCUCACCCACCCCACCCCUCCAGCUACACUACACUACACUACAGCACGGCCCCUCACCCACACCCCCCCUCAGCCUGUCAGCUACACUACAGCACGGCCCCUCACCCACCCCACCCCUCCAGCUACACUACAGCACGGCCCCUCACCCACACCCCCCCUCAGCCUGCCAGCUACACUACAGCACGGCCCCUCACCCACACCACCCCUCAGCCUGCCAGCUACACUACAGCACGGCCCCUCACCCACCACACCCCUCCAGCUACACUACAGCACGGCCCCUCACCCCCCCCCCCCCCUUCCAGCUACACUACAGCACGGCCCCUCACCCACCCCACCCCUCCAGCUACACUACAGCACGGCCCCUCACCCACCCCACCCCUCCAGCUACACUACAGCACGGCCCCUCACCCACCCCACCCCUCCAGCUACACUACAGCACGGCCCCUCACCCACCCCACCCCUCCAGCUACACUACAGCACGGCCCCUCACCCACCCCCCCCUCCAGCUACACUACAGCACGGCCCCUCACCCACCCCACUCCUCCAGCUACACUACAGCACGGCCCCUCACCCACCUCAGCUAA